GAAGGUUGAAUAAUCUGCAGGCGCUAUUAAAUUCACAAAGUUCUCGUGAUUUUUCAUAAUGGUUGCCGUUCGAGACAAACAGCUUAAAUACUUUGUAACAGGCGUUGUAGAAAAUUGAUUUGGGGUUAUUUAGUUGUAUUUUAGUUACAUUAUACAAAUAUAUUAUACAUAAAUAACCUCGAGAGCUUACUAAAAUGAAACCAUUUUAUAAAGGUACUAAAUAUAUUUUAACUAUUAAUCUAGUUGAGUAAUGGGCUUUAAAUUAAAACCCAAAAAUGUUUGUUUAACAUUUAGUAAGAUUUAUAAGUACACAGAUUGUGCAAAUAUUUCUUAAAUUAACGAAUUAUUAUUUGUCAAAAUGUGCGAAACAAAAAGUAACUUUUCAUAAUAUGAUAAAAGUGAAAAAGAACAGUCGAGUAACAAGAAUUACCUACAUUCCAAGAAAGUUAAGUUAUAUAUGCAUUAUACAUUGUUAAAACUUUUGAAAAAAAAACAAUAUGAAUAUGACAUUGUGCCCAGUGGUCGGGCCAACAUUAGCAGCUAAUUUAAAAUUCUCCAAAUUGCAGUGAAAUGUUUUUUCACAAGGUUGAAAUGAAUGCAAUAUAUGGACGACAGAAGUCCAUUAAUGUAAUGAACUAAUGUUGUCAAAAGGUUGCGCUUCAAUUAAAUGAAUUCGUGGCUAACCAAAUUAAUCACGCUUUUCCACGGGCGUGUCAUUUGACAGAAAUGCGGCAUAACAUGCUAUUGGUAUGUACAUGUAUAUAAGCGAUACAGAAAGCCUUGUGUUCAAAUUCUCAACUGUCUUGUUAUUAAUGCAUAGUCAGCUGCCUUUUCAUUUGGUGCACCUGUUACAGGUGAAAAGCUCCUGCCUAGCCGCUAAUGGAAUUGCUGCGGCAACUGUUUUUACGCAAAUAAUUAAGAUCCAUUUUUAUUGGGACCUUUCCGUUUACUUGGAAUCAUUGUAUUCAAAAUGAAGCCGCUGCUCCUGCUCUUAAAAACGGGUCUCGUCUAUGGAUUCGUUACGCUUUUCGUGCUGCUCUCGCACCUGCUGAAGAGAUCAAUGCGGGCGCUGCACUCACUGGGCCAGCCAUGAGCCCGCAGCACAAGGUGCGAAAUAGUGCCAAGUAAAUAAUAUAAUAUUUUCUGUGAAACUUAGUUAAUAUGUUAAAAUAAAUAUUUGCAUUUACUAGAUUGUACUUUUUGAGCCCAAGCUAUUUGUUCAAUUAACUAUAAUUUAUUAAACUCAAACGGCUGAUAAGGAUUUGAGCACACUUUGUACAUAAAUAAUGCAAAACUAAUGUAUAAAUCUAAGUGUACUUGUUUUUGAAUGUACAGGCUAUAGCUAUAUAUUUAAAGAAUUUGGUUUCAAAACCUAAUUAGUGCCAUGUUUUACAUAUGCAGCUAUGAAUUUUGGACUACUUCCUUUUGAGGGAGUCAUCCAAAGGAUCGGGCUGCGAUGGAGAUCCCCGAUAAAGGGCAGCAGUACAUUUAAGUUUACCGUCUUGAUGACAGCUGCACACAGGGCUUAUCUGCUAUCGGGGCUCGGCCUAGCUAGCUAUCAGCGCCAUGUCGCAUAUAAAUCUUUUUAUCAACUAUCACUCAGCCGGCACAUUGGGCCAAUAUACUGCGUCAGGCUGCCCGACCACGAUAAGGCCAAACACAAUUAGGCCAUGACACCAAAGAGGCACACAGGCAGGCAGGCGAGAACGGCCACUAAUCGCUGUUAAUCAAUUGGUGGGGCGAGCACUUGGGCCUGAGCAUGCUAUCUAACGACCAUGGCAAUUGCCGAUGACCGUUCGAGCGGGCUGGUUGUUGGGCCAACUAACGUGGCCGCAGAAUGCGCCUGCAAACGCGCCGCACGCUAACGCUGCUGUUGCUCUGCGCCUUCCUGUUUGGAGCGCUAAUUUACAAAAUAACCACCUCACCGCUUGUGGAUCAGAAUGGCAUAUUGCGUGAGUAUCUGGAGAAGAGGGCGGCCACGCGGCCAGCCACGCGUUCCAUUUUGCUCUGGAGCAGCUUCUUUGGGGAUAGGCGUUGGCAGCUGCCGUUUGAUGCGCUGGGACCGCAACAAUUUCGGGAUGAGCUCAAGUGUCCGGUCUACCAGUGUGAGCUGAGCAAUCGUCAUGACUUCCUGCCCAGCCUGGAGCUCUAUGAUGCGAUCGUUUUCCACGUGGCACAACCGUUUCCGCUGCUUAAGCCGCUGCCCGCACGUCGUAGUCCACAUCAGGCGUAUGUGUUCGCACUGAUGGAGUCACCGGGCGAGACUAAGCACCAGCUAAGCGAUGAGCUAAAUUUCUAUAAUCUAACAAUGACCUAUCGGCUGGAUUCGGACAUUGUUUGGCCCUAUGCCCAGCUGCUGGAUGUGGAAACGGGAGCACCAGUGGCGCCCAGUCUACAGCCGCAUUGGCGUGAGCCGCCGGCACUGGGCAGCUGGAAUGAUAGCACCGUGUGGCGUCUGUGGCCAAAAAAGACGAAAAUGGCCGCUUGGUUUGUUUCCCACUGCAAGACGCUGUCAAAGCGCGAGCAGCUGGCUGCUGCACUGCAGCAACACAUCCAAUUGGACAUCUAUGGCAGCUGUGGCAACCUCAACUGCGCACGGGGUGAUCCGCGCUGCGAUGAUAUGCUGGACACGGAUUUCAUGUUCUACCUGGCCUUUGAGAACUCGCUGUGCAUAGACUAUGUAACCGAGAAGCUAUAUUCUGCACUGCAGCGUCACAUUGUGCCCGUUGUGUUUGGCGGCGCCAACUACACCCGAUUUUUGCCGCCGCAUUCGUACAUCGAUGCGGACCGCUUCGACAGUGUGGAGCAGCUGGCGGAGCAUUUGCGUUUUGUUGCCAGCGAUGUGCAGGAAUACAUGAGCUACUUCUGGUGGCGGCAGCACUACAAACUAGCCAACAGCUCGCCCUUCUGUGAGCUGUGCGCUCGGCUCCAUCAUCCCAGCUGGGCCCACAGAACGCAGAUCUAUGGCGAUAUACAGGCCUGGUGGUUCAACAGUUGUCGCCUCUCGUCCCACAUACGAUUAUGAGGAGCGCAGCAAUAGCCGCCACAUGAGACUGAAAGGAAUGCAGCUAUAUGUGUAGCAAUGUGUGCAAGCGAGUCGAAAUGAUAAGAUAAUGAUAGAGGAUAGAGCAACAAAUGGACGGUAUUUCGGUGUUUCGUUAUAUGUAUAUACUAUAUAUGGUCAUAAUAUCAUUAGCUUUAAAUUGCGUGUCAAAGGCGUACUUCACACGCCCAUUGCACACACAAUUCUCUCCAACUGGUUAAUGCUGUCUUUGUUUACUUAUCACGUCGAGCUCUUGACUUUCCAUAUGUACAAGCAUAGUUCCUUAUCACUAUUUCUACAUUAAUGAUAGGCUUUAUUUAAGCGGAUGUAUAUAGAUAUGUAUAUAUUUUGUUAUUUUUGGGGUUGUAAAAACUUGUACCUAAUGAAACUAUACCUGACAUUGUAUACCUGCUUAUCGGUGGGGUAAACCAGCUCAGUUGAUUAUGAUACAACACUAUCUUUCAUAUCUGUGCGUCAUAAAGUUCUGCCUGUACGGUAUAGAUAAAUAUAUAAAUUAAAUAUGUCUUCGACUGUUAUUAGUUUAGCUCAUCUUUAGUCUAUAGUAUAUAUACUUUGGUAGUUAGGUAUAGCAAAUAAUAGUUAAUAACUUGUUCUUGCCUUUAAUCCAAAUAUUUACUUGCAUAUAAAGCAAAUUAAGAAAAUACAAUAAAAUAAAAUUAAGAUCAUAUUCAAAUAAGCUUUCAUAU